GAGCGACUCGAAUUUUGACUUUCUUGCGCUAGUUCAGGCCCCGACUCCCACGGAUCUGUGGGUCCAAGCCAUGCUGUGUAUAAGUACCGCCUCGGUCGAACCCGCCUCGUGUCUCCAGUUCUUAGUUUCCUUCUCCCCGUACUUCUCCCUUCAAUUGCUCUUCUCGUCUUCACCUUUCUUCACAAUCGAUUAAGUAAAAGCGUCCGUAAUGCCUCUCUCAGCCGAAGGCGUGCAGAACGUCAAGGCUGUCCUCGAUGGAGUAACGUCUGAAGGCAGGACGGGCGUGCCAGGGCUUGUCUUUGCCGCUGUUGACAAGGCCGGCAAGACGCUGGUAGAACAUGCGUCGGGCACGCGGGGGGUUAAUUCGAAGGAGAAGGUGGACAUGGAUACGACGUUCUGGAUCGCAUCCAUGACCAAGAUCGUCACCACCAUCGCUGUCCUCCAACUCGUCGAAUCCGGCAAAAUCCCUCUCGACGACGCCGACUUCAUCAAGAAGAUCGCGCCUGAGAUAGCGGCGAAGAAAGUGUACGCCGACGGCGUCACGCCCGCAGAACAAGAGCGCGGCGUCACCAUGCGUAUGCUGCUCGCGCACACGUGUGGUUUUGGGUACACGUUCUUCGACCCGAGGGUUAUCGCCCAGGGGAGACCCAUAGGGCUUGAUGAGUUUCAGGGAGAUGAGAAGGAUAUCUUGGAGAGUCCGAUGGUGAAUCAGCCGGGCAGCAUGUGGGAGUAUGGCAUCGGUAUGGACUGGGCCGGCAUAAUUCUCGAGCGCGUCACCGGUACCAAACUCAACGACUACUUCCAAACGCACAUUUUCAAACCCCUCGGUAUAUCCCACACCACCAUGUUCCCAACCAGCGAAAUGGCGUCCAACCUCGCAUACAUGCACCAGCGCGACCCGGCGACAGGUGCGUGCGACGAGCGCGACCACAUCUACCGCCGCGCCUUCCGGCAGACGACCAAGGAAGAGCAGGAAACGUUUUUCCACUCUGGAGGCGCGGGCCUCUUCGCAAGGCCAAAGGAGUACGUCAAGGUGCUGGGCAUGUUGUUGAACGACGGCGCUAGCCCGACAACGGGGCAGCAAGUCUUGAAAAAGGAGACAGUGCAGUUAAUGUGGGAGAACCAGAUCCCGGACCAGCCGAACUUUGCUCGAGGCGGCCCCGCGCCCGCAAACCCCCUCCUCGCCAACGCAAUGCCCGAAAUGUAUCCGCAGGAAGGGAACCCACCGCAGGGCUGGGGCCUCAGCAUGUUCCUCACCAUUGCUCCCGGCGCCACGGGUAGAGGCGCGAAUACGGGAUGGUGGGCUGGUCUCGCUAAUUGCUUUUGGUGGGUCGACAGGGAGAAGGGCGUUGCGGGCGUUAUUGCGAGUCAGGUUGUGCCGUUUGGAGAUGGGAAGGUGGUUCCUGCGUGGGUUAUGGCGGAGAAGGCGGUUUAUGAUGGGCUGGUGUAGGGAGG